GGGCUAAAUAUAUUUGAUGAAAUUAAUCAGAAUGCCAGUGGGAUUGGAAGAUGUCUCCAAGUAUCCCGAUUUGUUCGAUCGUUUGUAUGAAAGUCGUGCGGGAGAGCCAAGGUGGACCAAGGAGGAUUUGGAAAAAUUGGCUGGAAAGAAUCUUAUUCGAGUUUUCCAAACUGUGGAAGCGAUGCGAGACGUAUUAUGGGCCGAAUCGCCUCACGAAGAUACUAUAACGGGAAGGGAAUUAUACAUCGCGCAAAGGAAAGAGGGUCUCAAUCCAGGCUCAUGUCAAUCCGCAAUCGAAUGGGACGACGUGAAUGCAACAGAUAUUGAGGUUGAAAAAUCUGUCAGCUUUAGUGCCAUUAAAAGUAGACCGGUGUACCAAAAACUCGAGGUGAACGGUUGUUAAAAUGGAGACCGCGUGUGAAAAUACAUGUGUAAAACGAUAUGUGAUACUUUAUUAACGCAUAAUUAACAUUAAAAAGCAAAAUAUACAAAUGUUGGAUAAUA